AUGCACCGCCCGAGCGUGCGUAGUGCCUCGGUGCACGACGACACGACAUCGGGCGACAUACGAGCCGUAAAAGCCCAACUGCUAGAGGCCCUAGGGCCACAUGCAAAUGAGUACUGGCACGCCCUCGGCGCGCUGUGCACAGCAAGUAUGGAUCGCGCAGAGUUUCAAGCGCGGAUCCAUGCAUGGAUGCCGAGCGAUUGCAUCCCACUGCACAACGCUCUCAUCUUGAAAUUGCUAGCUGAGGCGAGCGCUGCGCCCACCUCGCUAGGUCGUGGGGCAGCACAGGGCAUGCAAGCACCUACGAGUCCGAUUCGUGCACGACGGGCCCCCCUCCUCGACGAGUCGGAGAGCGAUGAGGCGCAUGAGCCGCCUGUGUACGGCCACACGGGCCGCGGCGCAAAGCGCUUGCGACACAUGUAUGCAGGCCUCUCAUCCCAAGAACGGGCGCGAUUGCAGCAGCUGCCAAAGACCAACCAGGCGUCUAUGCACACCGCGGCGUCUGUAUGGGCCGGCGCUGGCGCUGAACUCUUGGAAAAGAAACGCAAGGAAGACGAAAAGCGGCGCGCCGUUGAAGAAUGGCGGCGCACACGCGAGGCCAAGCUGGCGAUUGGCGCGGAGCACUGGCGCAUAGCUGCCAUGCAGACGGCGGCGCACACAGAGACCCAGCGUACGCACUUGUCCACCUCGAUGCAAGAGGCGCUGAUACGCAGUGCGAUGGCGCCGCAUUGCAUUGAGUCGCAUGAGCUGCCUGAUGUGCAUGGGCUGCAAGAUCGUAUGACGCUGGCGGCGCUCGAAGCGGGGCUGCCGAAUGGCGUGCAAACGCAAGCCGCAGCUGUGAUGCUCUCGGCCUUGCAGGAGCAUUUGCGGACGAUCUUGCAUCGCGCUUUGGCGUACACACGCAAACGAUCGACGUCAACGCACUCGACCCGCAUUACGAUGCGCGAUAUGACGGCCGUCCUGGAUCUAGCGCCGCAUGUGGUCGUGGAGCCGCUUGGCCAAGGCCCGCUCGAGCGAUUGUGGCUACCGAGUCUUCCGAUGAACAGCGAUACCCCUUCUCACACCGACGGCGCGCACGUCUCGUGGGCUGACGACGAUGCAGUGCGGCAGGUAGCGCGCGAGUGUGCGACGGCCAAGAUGACCGCCCAUGUCCCCUCGACGUUAUCGCUGCCGGCCGAUACAGACCGCGAGCAAGCGCUGCUUUUGCGGCAGCAGCAAAAGCGCGAUGCCCUGCGUAGCCAUGUGGUGAUCGACCAAGUCGCGCCCCUGCGUCUUCUGGAUCGUCGUCCGCUUCGUGAGUCGCUCGCGAAGGGGCAGACGGACGCAUCGACGCCGCUUACGCAGGCCAUCGAGCAGCACUACCAACACCUGCAUCACCACCAUCAGCAACACCAUCACCCUCAGCCUUUGCACCGACACAAAGAUGAACUCUUUGAAGUCGUGGAUCCCGUAGCAUUGCUGGGAUCCUUAUGUGAAUAA